CGCCCCUUUGAUUGGCAGGUCUGACGCAGUAGUUCCUCAGCGGCGGGAAGCAUGUAGCGGGUCGAGGGAAGUGGGGGCUCCGUAGUCGGGACGAUGUUUCACGGCGUGUUCUACGCAGUGCUGGCGGGUUUUCUUGGUGCAGUCGCCUCAUCUUCAGCGAAACUGUCUCUGGGAGCGGAUUAUCUGAAAGGCGUCUGCGAGAGCGGACUGAGGUCGUGGGUCGGGGACGAGGGACUUGGCAGAGAGGAGGAUGAGGAUGAAACGACGGCGUGUGACUGGCUUCACAUACCUCUGCGGCUCCUCUGCGGUGGGCUGCUCUUCACCUGUAAUGCUGUGAUGUGGACUUUCUUUGCCAAAGCACUCAGGUACUCCUCGUCUUCUGCAAGAGCCACUGUAACAACGACCGCUUCCAACUUUAUAUCCUCUGCUUUUCUUGGCCAGCUCAUCUUUGGCGAAACGCACGCUGUGCUGUGGUGGGUCGGGAUUUCCCUCACUCUGUCUGGACUGUUGGUGCUGCACAGUGCGGUGCCUCGAGCCAAAGAUGCGCCUCUUGUGAAGAAGGAGCAAUAAGUGACGCCUGAGCUGGACUGGCUGUCACCAACGCUGUGAUGUGGGCAGCCAGAAGUGGCACGGCUCACACAUUCUCAAGUCACACCUCGACCCAACUCUGUGCUGUACAAGUUAGUGCUAGGAGUCGUGUGUUUGGCUCCCGUUCCUCCCACGUCCCGUGGGGCUGCUGACUGUUUAACGGAGUUUUGAUGCCAGCACUGCUCAUUCACUGUGAUCGAUUUCUAAAGCCUGGACGGGUCCCGCUGACCACACAUCCCUGUGAUUCAUUUAGAGUGAAGCCUUGAAAACUUCUUAUGCAACUGUAACAGAACGUGCUCGACAUUUUCCUUGUUGUCUGUUCUCUGACUGUUUCAGGCCCAAAGGUGACCUGUUUAUGUCUGUCGUCUCUUGUGAAUUGUCAAGUCUGCAAAAAGGUUUGUGUCCUUCUUUUGAACAGGAAUGCAUUUCCACCUUAAAUGAAGGAAAGGGAAGCCUG